AUGUUGUCCACCCUCAGAAUCGCCAGCCGUAAGGCUGCUACCCGUGACGCUAGUGUGCGCACCGUUAUUGUCGGCGCCAGACACGCCUCCGCCUGGUCCAACGUGCCUCAGGGUCCUCCCGAUGCUAUCCUGGGAAUCACCGAGGCCUACAAGGCCGACACCUUCCAGGAGAAGAUCAACCUGGGUGUCGGUGCUUACCGUGAUGACAAGGGCAAGCCCUACGUCCUCCCCUCCGUCCGUGCUGCGGAGGACAAGGUUGUCGCCUCCGGCUACGACAAGGAAUACGCUGGUAUCACCGGUAUCCCUGCCUUCACCAAGGCUGCUGCUGAGCUGGCCUACGGUUCCGACUCCGCCGUCCUUAAGGAGGACCGUCUCGUCAUCACCCAGACCAUCUCCGGUACCGGUGCUCUGAGAAUCGGUGGUGCUUUCCUGCAGCGCUUCUACCCUCACGCGAAGAAGGUCUACCUUCCCACCCCCAGCUGGGCCAACCACGCCGCUGUCUUCAAGGACUCCGGUCUGGAGGUCGGACAGUACCGCUACUACAACAAGGACACCAUUGGCCUCGACUUCGAGGGCCUGCUGGCCGACAUCAAGGCUGCUCCCGAGAACAGCAUCAUCCUUCUCCACGCCUGCGCUCACAACCCCACCGGUGUCGACCCCACCCAGGACCAAUGGCGCCAGAUCAGCGACGUCAUGAAGCAGAAGGGUCACUUUGCCUUCUUCGACAUGGCCUACCAGGGCUUUGCCAGUGGUAACGCUGACCAGGAUGCCUUUGCUCCCCGUCACUUCGUGAAGGAGGGCCACAACAUUGCUCUCUGCCAGAGUUUCGCCAAGAACAUGGGUCUGUACGGCGAGCGUGUCGGUGCCUUCUCCCUCGUCUGCGAGUCCGCCGAGGAGAAGAAGCGUGUGGAUUCUCAGAUCAAGAUCCUCAUCCGUCCCUUCUACUCCAACCCUCCCAUCCACGGUGCCCGCAUCGCCUCGACCAUCAUGAACGACGCCAAGCUCAACGAGCAGUGGCUGGGUGAGGUCAAGGGCAUGGCCGACCGCAUCAUUGAGAUGCGCGCUCUCCUCCGCAAGAACCUGGAGGAGCUUGGCAGCAAGCACGACUGGUCCCACAUCACCAGCCAGAUCGGCAUGUUCGCCUACACUGGUCUCAAGCCCGAGCAGAUGGACGCUCUGGCCAAGGAGCACUCCGUCUACGCCACCAAGGACGGCCGUAUCUCCGUGGCCGGUAUCACCAGCGGCAACGUCAAGCGUCUCGCCGAGUCCAUCUACAAGAUCACCGGUUAA